UCUCAGAGGAUUAACAGCAGCCGUUGCAGUUUCUCAACAAGUCAAAGACCCAUUUUUGUCCCUUAAAAUCUUUCUGUGUUUCACUGCAGCUGAACCCUCUUCCAAGAAAUUUCUCUCCAAAGUAUCGGCGAUAUAUAUAAGAGACGUUGCCCACUCUUCACAAGCUUCAAUCUUUGCUUUCAUCUUCUCCGGUCAAUAAAAGGGUACGCUUUAUCUCUUACUGUUUCAACAUCUCGACCUUCCUCCUCUGAGCUCUCCUUUCAUGCUUACUUUGCCUUGUACUUCGAUUCUUAAUCUGUCUUUCAGGCUCAGCCAUGUAUGUGUAAUAAUCAUGACCCUGUUGUCCAUGUAGUUUGGAUCUUCAUAUGUCAUCUUCAAUUCUGUAAAUGGUCUUUUGUUUCAGUUGGGCAUCUAUCUGUUUGUUUCUGUAAUCGUGUUUGGGGUUCCUGGGUCUGUGAACAUGGCAAUUUUAGCUUGAAAAGUACAGAGAACUCUGUUCUAUUGUAACUUUCUGGAGUUUGUUUCGUUAGCCUUAGUUUCAUAGAUUACCAUGGAUCAAAGUUACACCGGAUUUACAGAUUCAAUAGACCCUUUCAAAGCAGAAGACCAACCCAGCUUGGCCAAUUCAGAUCAAUACUUGAAUCUUGAAAAUGGGUUUAAAUUCACUGCUCCUUCGCCAGAUUUCAGCUUUUUUGAUGAAAUCCCUUUCCCAUCUCCAACCGACCUGGACCCUCAUGAUCCAUCUAUGUACUUUUCCGCCAAUCAAGAGGGAGAAUCUUCUCCUCCCCCUGCAAGCGCCGAUGAAAUCUUCCUUGAUCUGUCAACUGGCUGGAGCCCAGAGGGAGAGUCUUCAUCGCCUAGCGAUGAUAGCGACUCCUCAGAUCCGGUUCUCAGGUAUAUAAGCCAGAUGCUUAUGGAAGAAAACAUGGAGAAGAAGCCCUGCAUGUUCUAUGACCCAUUGGCUCUACAAGCCACAGAGAAAUCAUUGUAUGAAAUGAUUGGUGAACAAUAUCCCGCUUCACCCCAUCAACCCCAAAUUCAUGCUGAGAGUCCAGAUAGUAGUUCUUUUGGAAGUCUCAGUAAUAGUUCUAUCACUAGCCCAUCCAAUUUGUUUAGUUCUCAGUUGGUUGGUGAAAUUGGAGAGUAUAAACAGUCUUCUUUAGAAGCCUCUCUUCCUGGUGACUACUAUUUACAGUCUGGUUCACAGCCCACUUCACAAAUCUCUGUCAACAUUCCGAAUGACCUGACCAAUGACAAUGGACUCUCGACGUCUGAGUUGGUAGGAAGUAUAUUUGGUGAUACAGAAUCUAUCCGGCAGUUUAACAAAGGGCUGGAGGAAGCCAGGAAGUUUCUUCCAAUUCCUAACCAACUGGUUAUUGAUUUGGAGCGCAACAAUUUGUCUACACUGCACAAGGAGGUGGUUCCAGGGGAGGUAGUUAAAGAAGAGAGAAUUGAGAGGGGGGGCUCUCCUGAUCGAUGGAGAACUAGAAAGAACCAUGGCCACGAGGAUUUAGAUUUAGAUUUAGAUGAGUGGAGGAGCAACAAGCAGUCGGCAGUCUAUGUGGAAGAGACUGAAUUGUCUGACUUGUUUGAUAAGGUUUUGCUUGUUCCUAUAGGAAGCAGUCAGCAAGAAUGUUGUGAAGAAUCACCUGUGCAGAACGAGACAAACAGGAUAUCGCAGACAAACAAGGAAUUGAAUGGAUCUAGUGGCGGAAAAUCUACUCGUGGUCGUGGUAGAAAAAACAGCAAGAAGAAGGAAACAGCAGAUUUGAGGACUCUCCUGAUUCUAUGUGCUCAGGCUGUUUCCGUAAAUGACUGCAGGACUGCUAAUGAGCUUCUGAAGCAGAUUAGGGAGAAUUCUUCUCCUUCUGGUGAUGGAACUCAAAGGUUGGCCCAUUACUUUGCCAAUGGCCUUGAGGCACGUAUGCUGGGAAGCGACACUGGAGUUCACAAUUUUUAUGCUUCCCUAGUUUUCAAUAAGAAGUUUACCGCUGCUGAUAUGUUGAAAGCUUACAAAACUUAUCUUUCAGCAGUUCCGUUCAAGAAGCUUUCAAUUGCUUUUGCGAACAAAAUGAUUUUGAAGGUGGCCAAGGAUGCAACAACACUUCAUAUUGUAGAUUUUGGGAUCCUAUAUGGAUUCCAGUGGCCGAUGCUUAUACAAUUACUUUCAAUGAGACCUGAUGGGCCUCCCAAGCUACGGAUUACCGGGAUAGAGCUCCCUCAAGCUGGUUUCCGGCCAGCUGAAAGGAUUGAGGAGACAGGACGUCGCUUGGCAAAGUACUGUGAACGGUUUAAAGUCCCAUUUGAGUACAAUCCCAUAGCUUUGAAGAACUGGGAAACUAUCCGAAUUGAGGACCUUAAUAUUAAGAGCAAUGAGGUGCUUGCUGUCAACUGUCUGUUUAGGUUUAAGAACCUAUUUGAUGAGACUGUGGAAGUAAAUUGCCCUAGGGAUGCUGUUUUGAAUUUGAUCAGGAAGAUGAACCCGUGUAUAUUUGUCCAUGGAAUUGUCAAUGGAUCCUACAAUGCUCCAUUCUUUGUCACACGAUUCCGUGAGGCCGUGUUCAACUUCUCUGCCCUGUUUGAUAUGUUUGAUGCAUGCUUACCCCGUGAUGAUCAACAGCGGUUUCUGUUGGAGAGAGAGUUUUAUGGGCGGGAGGCUAUGAACGUUAUAGCACGUGAGGGCUUGGAGAGGGUGGAGAGACCUGAAACAUACAAGCAAUGGCAUGUCCGGAAUUCAAGGGCUGGGUUCAAGCCAAUGCCGUUGGAUCAGGAGCUGAUGAAGAAACUUAGGAAAAAGUUGGAAGUGUAUCACAAAGAUUUUGUAAUUGAUGAAGACAGUCAUUGGCUGCUGGAGGGAUGGAAGGGCAGGAUUGUCUAUGCUGUUUCUUGCUGGGAAGCUGCAUAGAAUUCUUGAUCUAUGAGUUGGAAUUGAUAACUCCAACAUCCAUCUUGAUGGGAGCGAGUAUAACUUCAAAAUCAGAUACUUUGCAAGAGGACAUGCCUUCGGCUGAAGAACAUGUCGAUGUUAGAAAACAUGGUUGUAUGGAGUUGCUUUGCCAGAGUAUAUGUAUGGUACAAGCUAUAAGCCUUCUUAUGUUGUAGAGGAUGGAAUCGCUUAGUUUUUUUAUUUAUUGUUUAUUAGUUUCUUGCUGGUGGCAUUGAUAGAGUAAUCCUUGCUCCUUAGAUUUCAUUGUAAAUAUGUCAAUCCGAUGCACCAUUUUGUUAAUAUGUUGGAUGACAUAUCUAUAGAAAUAAAAUUUUGCAAUUUCUAGUUUUAACACCCUUGUUUGAUGGUU